GACGUCUGCAGGUCGGGUUCCAUUGUUCGGUGGGAGGGGCGGGACGCCGACGUCACCGGGCAUGAAUGAAACUUUGGCAAAAGUUUGCAGCAACUUCUUCCCAAGGUUUGCUCGACACUCGCACGGUGGUGGCGUUUAAGCAAUGGAGCCGCGGCACUUGUACCUCACCGCUUUACUGCCACUGCUCCUCAUCGCCCGAGCCAGCCCCACACUCCAAGCCAAAGAGGUUGUUCUGUUGGAUUUUGCUUCGGCGCACGGAGAACUCGGCUGGCUCACCAACCCGUACAAUGCCGCUUGGGAUCUUCUCCAGAAUGUGUGGAACAACACGCCCAUCUACAUGUAUAGUGUGUGCAACGUGGUGGAAGGUGACCAGGACAACUGGCUACGGACCAACUGGAUCUACCGCGGAGAGGCGCAGCGGAUCUUUGUCGAGCUCAAGUUCACCGUGCGCGAUUGCAACAGCUUCCCCAGCAUUGCCACCACUUGCAAGGAGACCUUCAAUCUCUUCUACGCUGAGUCAGACUAUGAUUAUGGGACAAUCUUUAGGAAGAGCCAGUUCAGGAAAAUUGACACCAUUGCACCCGAUGAGGUGACACGGAAAGAGGACCUAAAUUCACGAAAUGUCAAGGUGAACAUGGAGGUGCGUUCCGUUGGCUCACUGAGGAAGAAGGGCUUCUACCUGGCAUUUCAAGACGUCGGUGCGUGCGUAGCCCUCAUAUCUGUGCGGGUGUACUACAAGAAGUGCCCAUCCAUGGUGCUUAAUAUGGCCAUCUUCCCAGAGACGACAGCCGGGGCAGAUUCCCAAGCACUCUCUGAAGUUACCGGCACCUGUAUUGACCAUGCAGUGGCUCAGGAGGCCCCGAAGAUGCACUGCACUACCGACGGCAAGUGGCUGGUUCCUGUCGGUCAGUGCGUGUGUGAGGCUGGCUAUGAGAUGGUGAACAGUAAAUGCCAAGUGUGCAACGAAGGGUUCUUCAAGUUCGAGGCCAGCAACAAGCCCUGCCUGGGGUGUCCCGCCAAUACCCAGCGCUCGGCAGCAGGGUCCACAUCGUGCCCGUGUGCCGAAGGCUUCUACCGGGCCUCCAGUGACCCUGCCACCUCCGCCUGCUCCUCGUUGCCCUCAGCGCCGGAGGACGUCAGUGCCACCGUCUCGGGCUCCACUGUCCUGCUGAAAUGGAGGACGCCCAACGACACCGGGGGCCGCAGUGACCUCACCUACAGCGUGAUGUGUGAGCGCUGCACCCGGGGCGGUGGGAAUUGCCAGCCCUGCGAGGCCGAUGUCCGCUUCACCCGCCAGUCGCCCUUCGCGGAGACCGCUGUCAAUGUGCUGGAGCUGAGCCCCUACACCAACUACACUUUCACGGUGGAGGCGCGGAACGGAGUGUCCGACCAGAGCUCAGUACACAGCGUGGCCAAAGUCGUCGCUUACGUCAAUGAGACGGAGCCUCCAAAAAUCACUUCAAUUAUCAUGGAGAACCGAGAGAAGGCUAGCCUGACUCUGUCCUGGACUGUCCCAAACAGGCAGAUGGGGAGCAUUACAGGCUACAAGAUCAUGUACAGCAAGAAGGUGGAUCAGCAGACUUACACGGUGCUGCAGUCCAGCAAGAACUCUGUGAAGGUUUCCGACUUGCUACCUGGUACAGCGUACAUUUUCCGCGUGCAGGCACUGACGCGGGAUGGAGCCGGGUUUUACAGUGAGACUCACGAGUUCCUGACACUUGCAGCAAAAGAUAAUAAUUGGAUAAUUCUCGCAGUGGUGAUGGCAGCUGCUGGAAUUCUUGUGGUCAUAAUGAUCGCCUUUAUCUACUUCAGGCGGAGGAAACAUAGUUCCCGAGCCCGGCAGGGUCCCGAGGAUAUUUAUUUCACCAAACACGCUGACCAGCUGAAGCCGCUGAAGACGUACGUUGACCCACACACGUACGAGGACCCAAACCAAGCUGUCCUAAAGUUUGCCGAUGAGAUCCACCCAUCUGCCAUCACCAAGCAAAAAGUGAUUGGAGCUGGUGAGUUUGGCGAGGUCUACAAAGGAAUUUUGAAGAAAGGGAGGAAGGAGAUUGGGGUAGCCAUUAAAACGCUGAAAGCUGGUUACACCGAGAGCCAAAGGAUCGACUUUCUCAGUGAAGCAAGCAUCAUGGGCCAGUUCAGUCAUCACAACGUCAUCCACCUGGAAGGAGUUGUCACCAAAUACAAACCCAUGAUGAUUGUUACAGAAUAUAUGGAAAAUGGAGCACUCGAUGCCUACCUCCGUAAUAAUGAUGGUGAGUUCUCUUCUCUCCAACUUGUUGGAAUGCUUCGAGGGAUUUCCUCUGGCAUGAAGUACCUUUCCGAUAUGAACUACGUACACCGGGACCUGGCGGCACGGAAUAUCCUGGUUAACAGUCAGCUGGUGUGCAAAGUGUCUGACUUCGGUCUCUCGCGAGUGUUGGAAGAUGACACGGAGGGCACAUACACCACCAGCGGUGGGAAGAUCCCGAUUCGUUGGACUGCGCCAGAGGCGAUCGCUUACCGAAAGUUCACCUCAGCAAGUGAUGUCUGGAGCUUUGGCAUUGUAAUGUGGGAAGUCUUGUCCUAUGGAGAGAGACCUUACUGGGAAAUGUCCAAUCACGAGGUGAUGAAGUCGAUAAAUGAGGGGUUCCGACUGCCCGCUCCGAUGGAGUGCCCCUCUGCCAUCUAUCAGCUGAUGAUGCAGUGCUGGCAGCAAGAAAGGACAAAGCGACCCAAGUUCUGUGACAUCGUCAACAUCCUCGACAAACUGAUCCGUAGCCCGGAAUCCUUGAAAAGCAUCGCGGAUUUUGAUCCACGCGUGUCCAUCCGACUGCCCAGCACCAGUGGGACCGACGGUAUGAUCUUCCGCACGGUCAGCGAGUGGUUGGAGUCUAUAAAGAUGGGACAGUAUUUGGAGAAUUUCAUGGCAGCGGGAUAUAAUACCAUGGAGCACAUUGUUCAGCUAACCUCAGAGGACGUGAAGAAGAUUGGAAUCCGGUUGCCGGGGCAUCAGAAGCGGAUUGCGUUCAGCAUUUUGGGACUGCAGGAACAAGCUAACAGCAUGGGUGUAUACACAGUGUGAUGUCUCCCGGCACACGGGAGGUGCAAACCCAUUUUCCACGGACUUGCGUUACUUGAAUAGUUCUGCACUCGAGUGCUGGAGGGACCGGUGCUGAAGAGAAACUCGAUUCUUUAUUGAGAACUAAAGAAGGGGGGGGAAAAAAGGAACACUUAGCCAUCCUGCCUCCAUGGCUCCCUCUUCCCCUGCUGGCUAUUGUCCGAGGUGGCCGUACGACAGAAAAGAUGAAACCUUUCAACCUCACUGAAUCUGCCUGGCUGUGAUUGAAUUGAUGAGGAGUGUGUUUGUGUGUAUGUGUGUGUAGCAGGUUUAGUGGAAUCUAAACAGCAUUCAUUUCCUUGGGUGUUGGAUUUAAUCAGUAGAUUGAUUUGUUGAUUUCAUUCUUUGUGCCAGUAAUGUGGUAGGGGAUGUCUCCUUAUCUAAUACCAUCUUCACAGUCUGUUAUAUCAUUGAGGCUCCUCUCUCUGGAAACAUAGCUUUUGACUGUCUUGGGAUUUUAUGCUUGAUAGUGGCAAGAAAUGGAGUUAAACCUGGCCUGGUUGAAUGGAAGGUGUGCAGAACACCACCAAGGUUUGUGAACUUUGUGGGGCGACGGGCCUGUACUGUGCUGUAAUGUUCUAUGUUAAGUAUGCUGAGAAUUCCGAUUUUAAACUUCAGCAGUGCUGUGCCAAUCGUGUUUCCCACAUCUCCCAUUGUGCCUGCUUUACAGCAGAUUCUUUUUGCAUAAGAUGCAAUCACAGUCACCCAGGAUUAAUACUUGAUGACGGCAAGUUUAAUGGAUGGCAUGCGGCAGAUAGUGGGGAGAGUUGCGGCCAUGGAGGCAGUAGAGCAGAACUUUUCAUGAACGGUCCUUAGAACGAUUGGUCCCGAUGGGGGGGAUGUAUAGGGGUGGGCUAGUACUCCCAGGAUUGGGGCAUCAAGCCCCAAAAGAUGAUUGUUCCUGUGAGGGAUCUAACAGUCAGAACCCACCAUCAAGCAACAAGACACUGGAUUACAGGCAAGUGUUCAGAAUUCGACUGGGUUGUUACUUUCUAAUGUGAGCAAACCAAUUGUUCAUGAACUUCUACUGCAACUACGCUAAGGAACUCAUUUGCUUUCAGUAAUUCAGACCAGCUGUGCUCAUCCUGGUUAGGCAGCAAUGAGUACUGUAGCUCUUCGGAAGUGUUAACAAUGCAUCCCAUCCCAAAAUCCCAGGGGCAAACUCUCCCAAAUUUCAGUGUCUCCUCUCUGCAUCCUGCAAACAUCCCCAUUUUUCCAGAAAUCCUUCUUCCCAGAUGUUUUAUAAUUAUAAUAUUGUUGCCUUAGGAAGAGGGUGACGAGGGAAGGAAUUUUGCACACAAAAAAAUUACAGCGGGGGAGAAGAAGAAAGAGGGCUAGGAAGUAUAAUUUUUUCCCCCAAAUCGAGUUAUUUUAUAAAUUAAAAAUAUCAAAUUUGCACAGGCUGAAUUUUUAUUUCCUGAUUUAUAGGAAUCUGACAGAUAUAUUUUGUAAAAUCUUUUCAGAAAUAGUUCGAUAGAAACCCUUGCUGUUUUUUUUAAAAAAGAAAAAAAUGAUUAAUUUAAAGUGUAUUUAUUCUGCGCUUUCCCUUCUGACUGAUUUUAUUUAUUUAACUUAGUUAAUGUUGUUGCCUCUGGCAGCAAGUGUGUGAGAUCUUGCUUUUUGUCCUUUAAUUUGCUUGUAUUUAGAACAUGAUUUAUUUAUUCAGACCAAAGUGAAUGGAGCACAUCAACAAGCUCUCUGCUCAAGAUGUUUCUUUUUGUAAUAAAAGUUGGUGUUCUGGUA